AGCUGAUUGGGAUGGUAACCCAGGAAGCUCCUGAGUCUGCCCGGUGUCUGUGCCCUUCUCUGGCCAGCCCGAAUGUCAAGGAUGCGCUUCGGAGAAAGCACAAGAGGAAGAGCCGACAGCACCAGCGGUUCAUGGCCCGGAAGGCCUUGUUGCAGGAGCAGGGGCUGCUGAGCACGCCCCCAGACCCAGGAUCCUCCCCACUGCCCAUGCUGUUGGAGGAACCGCCAGGCACUGAAGCUGCCAGCAGUGAGAGGCAGCACCCAAGGACCGAAUCUGGAGGUGUCCAAUCCAGUAGAAAGCCCACCCCCAGGGAAUCUGCGGGACCUUUGCCCAGCAAGUGUGUGGCUAUAGACUGUGAGAUGGUGGGCACAGGACCCCGAGGGCGGGUGAGUGAGCUGGCCCGCUGCUCUGUGGUGAGUUACCACGGUGACGUCCUCUACGACAAGUACGUCCGGCCUGAGAUGCCCGUUGUGGACUACCGCACUCGCUGGAGCGGCAUCACUCGGCAGCACAUGCGGACGGCCAUCCCCUUCCAAGUGGCCCAGAAAGAGAUCCUCAAGCUCCUGAAGGGCAAGGUGGUGGUGGGGCAUGCACUGCACAAUGACUUCCAGGCCCUCAAGUAUGUUCACCCUCGGAGCCUGACCCGAGAUACCACUUAUGUCCCCAACCUUCUCAGCCAGCCCAGCCUCCACACCCGGACCCGGGUCUCUCUUAAGGACCUGGCCCUGCAGCUGUUGCACAAGAAGAUCCAGGUGGGGCAGCAUGGGCACUCAUCAGUGGAAGAUGCCAUGACAGCCAUGGAGCUCUACCAGCUGGUGGAGGUGCAGUGGGAACAGCAGGAGGCCAGCCGCCUCCGGAGCCACUCCGAGGACAGAGAGCCUGACAGCAGCACGGACACGGAGCAGUAUAUGGAGGACCAGUACUGGCCUGAUGACCUGGCCCAGGCCACCAGCGGAGGAAUGGAGGAGGCACAGGACAAAAGAGAGUGAGGGAGGAGAGGUUCCCGGGCGGCUUCUGAGUGUGGGGAGUGGGGGCCAG